AUGGAUUUGUGGAUGGAUACAACAAAUGGAAUUUUUCACGGGGAGAGACUUUCCUCACGAAAUACACCACUUUCACACAACCAUGAUGAUAUUGAUGGACUACUUCAUGAUACAUUUCAAAAUAUAGAGGGUGAAACAGGGCAUGUAGAAGGAGAGAUAGAUGGGCUAUCUGAAGAUGCAAAGAUAUUUUUUAAAUUAGUGAAUGAAGGAAAAAAAGAGCUAUAUCCAGGGUGUGAUCACUUCAGUAAGGUGAGUUUCAUCAUUCGGUUAUACUUGCUUAAAUCCUUACAUGGGUUGAAUGAUGUAACUUUUACUGAUCUGUUAGACUUGUUAAAAGAAGCAUUUCCCUUUGCUCAACUGCCUAAGUCUUUCAAUAAAGCUAAAAAAAUGAUAAAAGAUUUGGGUCUCGGCUAUGACAAAAUACAUGCAUGCCCUAACGAUUGCAUGUUAUUUUGGAAUGAAAAUGCGGAGAAAGAUAAUUGCUCUGUGUGUGGGUCUUCUAGAUGGUCAAAUGAGGGUGAUGGCACGACUAAUGCAAGCUCUAAAAUACCAGCAAAGAUUUUAAGGUACUCUCCUUUAAAUCCUAAGCUUCAGAGAAUGUUUAUGUUUCCUGAAAUAGUUGUUGCAAUGAGAUGGCAUAAUUUUGAACGACCUAAUGAUUGGAAUAUAAGGCAUCCUGUUGAUAGAGAAGCUUGGAAGGAUUUUAAUUCUAUGCAUCCAAACUUCUCAAGAGAUCCUCAUAAUGUUCGAUUGGGCCUUUCAAGUGAUGGUUUCAAUCCAUUUCGAACCAUGAGCAUUUCCCAUAGUACCUGGCCUGUUAUGUUGAUGAACUAUAAUUUAUCACCAUGGAUUUGCAUGAAGCCAGAGUAUAUGAUGUUGUCGAUGAUCAUUCCAGGGCCAUCAUCUCCUGGACAGGAUAUAGAUGUGUACCAACAACCAUUAAUUGCAGAAUUGAAGGAACUAUGGGAAUUUGGGAUAAAAACAUAUGAUGCUCAUAUAAAUCAAACAUUUCAAAUACGUGCAGCUUUAAUGUGGACAAUUAAUGAUUUUCCAGUGCUAACAAUGCUUUCUGGAUGGAGUACUAAGGGAAAAUUAGCAUGCCCCACAUGUAACUACGACACAUGCUCUCAAUAUCUCAAACAUAGUCGUAAAAUGUGUUACUUAGGUCAUCAGGCAUAUUUGCCUCCUGAUCAUCCAUUUAGAAGAGACAAAAAAUAUUUUAAUGGAGAGGAGGAUGAUAUACCUGCACCAACAUCCUUGUCGGGCAUAGAAGUGUUUGAAAAGUUACAUGAUUUCAAUAAUGUUUUUGCGAAGGGCAACAAGAAAAGACGUUGA